AUGAGCGCACAAUUAGAAAAAUCCUUAACAGUCCCCAGAGACCUGUCGUUUCUUCGACAAGCGGAUCAUAUGAAAAGGCUGCAAUCACUGCCAACUGCUAGAAUUGCACCAAUGCCACACAACCAUCAAGGAGUGGUUGCUGGGCAGGCGAGGAAUAAGUUGCCGCCGAACUACGAGGCGAAAAUACGACAAGCUGAAUGGCUGCUCGACUCUCGGGAAGGGCAGAUUGCUAAAAGACCUCGCUACUCUUGA